CUCGAUUUUAAAUGAGAGAGAGAAAAAAAUGGCGACGAGGCCGGCGAUGGAGAAACCGAAGAUCGUGUGGAACGAAGGAAGACAUAGAUUCGAGACUGAGGAUCACGAAGCCUUCAUAGAGUACAAGAUGAAGAACGAUGGUAAAGUCAUGGAUCUGGUUCGAACCUUCGUACCGCCGUCAAAAGCAGGACUUGGUUUAGCUUCGCAUCUCUGCGUCGCCGCCUUCGAACACGCCUCCGAACACUCUUUCUCCAUCAUCCCCACUUGCUCCUACGUCUCCGAAACGUUUAUUCCUCGAUACCCAUCGUGGGAGCAUCUGGUUCACUCAGAGGAUGAUUCCAAGAACCUCAAGUCUAGUAUCUGAUCAUGUCCUGCUUCAAAGCCUUUGGUGUAUAAUAAAACUUUAAAAACAUUAUCUUACAUUAUUAAUGCUUGUUUCAUGUCUCUGUAAACAAACAAAAUGUAAUGUUUUUUCACAAUUCGACAGCAACAAACAAACACUAAUGUUUGUCUUGAUAAUAAAUAAAACGUGAAACCAUUAUUCUAUGAUA